AUGGCAUCGACUGUGCCUCCUACGGCGGCGCCGGUGAUUCCGCGCAAGAAGCUCACGAACUAUGUCGGGUUCGCGAAUCUGCCGAACCAGGUGCACCGUCUUGCGGUGCGCCGGGGCUUUUCGUUCACGGCGAUGGUCGUCGGUGAGACGGGCCUGGGCAAGUCGACGCUGAUCAACACGCUCUUCAACACCAACCUGGUGCCGAGCGGCGAGGAGCGGGACUUCGGUCGCGAGUCGGCGCAGACGGUCGGCAUUGAGACGAUCAGCGCCGACAUCGAGGAGAACGACGUGCGCCUGCGCCUGAACCUCAUCGACACGCCAGGGUUUGGCGACUUUGUGAACAACGAGAAUGCGUGGGACCCGAUUCUGCAGACGAUCGAGGCGCGCUUCGAGGCGUACCUGGAGCAGGAGAACCGCGUGGCGCGCUCCAAGAUUGUGGACAACCGCGUGCAUGCGCUGCUGUACUUUAUCCAGCCGACGGGCCACGCGCUGCGCCCGAUUGACCUCGAGUUCCUGUCGCGCCUGCACAAGCUCGUGAGCGUGAUCCCGAUCAUCGCCAAGUCGGACACGGUCGCGGAGAGCGAGCUGCUGCAGUUCAAGCAGCGCAUCCUGCGCGACCUCGAGUUCCACGGCAUCGACAUUGUGCGCCUGCCGAUGCACCCUGGCGAUGACGAGGAGCUGGUCGCGGAGGCGCAGGAGAUCCAGAGCCGCCUGCCGUUCGCGAUCGUCGGCUCGAACGACUUGGUCAAGACGGCCGAUGGCCGCGUCGUGCGCGGCCGCGCGUACCCCUGGGGCACGGUCGAGGUGGACAACGAGGAGCACUGCGACUUUGUCAAGCUGCGCCAGAUGCUCAUCCGCUCGAACAUGGAGGACCUGCGUGAGCUGACCGAGGAGCGCUACGAGCUCUUCCGCACGCGCCGGCUGCAGGCGCUCGGCGUGACGCAGGACAACUCGGUGUUCAGCGACACGAACCCGUCGGCGAAGCAGGCCGAGGCACGGGCCGUGCACGAGGCGAAGCUCGCCAAGAUGGAGAGCGAUAUGAAGGCUGUGUUCCAGCGCAAGGUCGCAGAGAAGGAGGCCAAGCUCAAGCAGAGCGAAGAAGAGCUGUAUGCGCGCCACCGCCAGAUGCGCGCCGCGCUCGACCAGCAGCGCCAGGAGCUCGAGGAGCGCAAGCGGCGGCUGCAGAACAGCCUGCGCUAUCCGUAG